AUGGAUAUCAAUUAAACUCUUGAUCCCUCAACAGUAUGUAUAUUAAACAUCUAACAUAAAAUCAUAUAGAUCAAAUCAGAGAUUAGUGAUGCUAGUGCUUUGCAUCCACAUGUAAAUGCAAAAUACAAAAACAUUUAUUCAUAUUCUGAAGAUACUUCCACAUUUAUCAACCCAGACACCUCUAUUAAGCCAGAAAUGCUUAUGGACAGCACCUACGAACCGAGACGUGUGCCUCUUAACAGUAAGAACGAGUAGAUCAGGCUGUCAAAAAUGAAAUGUUGGCCUACAACUAAGCUGUUCUGCAGGUAUUAGUGGCGUGAUAUUAAGAGACACAAGUUUCAUUUUUGCCUUGCUUUCUGCUCAGUCUUUACUAUUGUCCUUGCAACCUUAGUCGUUAUUUCAAUUAUCGGAAAAGGCCCAAUCAUAUUCUUAAAGAUGGCAGAAUCAAACCACGGAGCUAUUGAUGCUUAUAUACUUCCAGGAAGUGAUGAGAGGGUGAAUGAUUUGCACUAAUCAAUGUUUUUGAAUUUUACCGCAUUAUAAGAUUUAGUGGGUGAGGAGAAGUACAGCUACACCCCUAGAAAGACCUAUUGCGGAACCUAGAUGAUGAAAUUCGAAUAAGAAUCUGUCUAGAAUCAUGAACAGAUUAAAUUGAAAAAAUCCCCAUAGAAUGAAAAUAUUGUUGACAAUAAAGGAGAGAGCUUUUUGGGUGAGUAAAUUGAGACUGUUUAAAAUGCCAAGGAUGAAUUCACAAUUCCAAGCAGAAAGGAUGUGUACCAAUUUGGGGAAAACUUAAUGGAAAAGAGAACAGAAAGAUAGAUCUUUAAUUUAAAAGCUGAUGAUAAGUAACAGACAGUGUGCAUAAAUGUAAUUAAUUCCAAUAGAGAACAUAAGAUAGACAUUGGAGAUAAAUUUGACUUACCUGAUCUUAACUAUGGAGAAUGCUACAUCAGCGAUUUUCAAAAAGAUCUUCUAAAUGUCGAUAUUGGGGAUUCUGUGUAUCUAUGGGCUUACAUUGGCAAUAUGUACGACUUACUAAUCGAUGAAUACAAUUCUGUAGCACCUUUUUAUAACUGGCCGAUCGCAUACAAAUCUUCAUCCUAUUCUCUAACCUAACUGCCUUGCAAAAUCGUGGGCUUCUUUUCCUCGUCUAAUGGAAAGUUUGCAGAGGGUAAUAUACAAAAUCAGGUUAUUAUGGAAUAUGAUUACUUUUUACCCUAUAUUGCUCAAUAUCUUCCAUGGGAGUUAUACUAUUAUUCUGAAUUCAAAGAAUUUUUGACAAGACCAGAUUUAGUAAGUCUAAAUUACUAUGCCGAUUAUAUUGCUUUGAACCUUCCAUCACCGAGACAUGACUGGUAUUCCUCCGACAAUAUAGAUAGUAUUUAAUACUAUGUAACAAAGCACGUCAACUCCUUUAUUUAGGAUGUCGGAUUUUAUCCAGUAAACGCCUAAUUGCCUAUUUUGUCUGAAAUGGAAAAGUUAAAUCUUGCCAUUUUACUAUUCAACCUAAUUUUCAGAGUGGUUAUUGCUAUCUUCGUAAUGAUUUCAAUAGUUUUGGUCUACUCCUUAUUGAUGAUCGGCAUUGAUGGAAAGACUCUUGAGAUGGGUAUUUUAAGAAUGGUUGGUGCUAGUAAAGUUGGAUUGACUCUUAUGAUCUUGCUUUAGAGUUUGAUGUUUGUGCUGCCUGCUAUUUUAUUUGGGUUUGUACUGUCUAUACCUUGCUUGGCACUUUGCUAUACUAAAGUGUUCUAGGAAGAGUUGAAUAAUGGAUUCUCGCCGAUCCCUAAUGUAGCAGCAUUUAUCAAUGCAUUUGUUCUAGGCUUGCUGAUUCCUAUUCUCAGUUCAAUCAUGCCUGUGGUGAGAGUUCUAGGUUAAAACUUGAAUGAUGCUCUAAAUUAUGAAAGGAACAGAGUCUCUGCACUCUAUGUUAAAAUUUUGAAUAAAUCUAGAACUGAUAUGCUUCCUCCAUUGAUCUUUGGCAUCAUUACCUUUUGCUACGGCUUUGCAAUCUAUUACUUGCUUCCAUUAUCGAUGCUUUCACUAGAUUUAGGCUUGACCCUUGAAGUAUUCUUUUUCAUUCUAAUAGGUUUAUUACUUGGUAUUGCAAUUCUAGCUAUAAACAUUUAGAAGCCUUGUGAAGUGAUUCUGACUUAUAUAUUUUUGUGUUUUGAGACUAGAGCGAUGAGGAAGAUGGUGCUUAAUAAUUUGAAGGCUCACAUGAUGAGAAACAGACUAACCUCUACCAUCUUUUCACUUGCUCUGGGUUUCAUCAUUUUCUUACUAGUUGCCUACAAGUUAUAAGUUCAGUACAUGCUCAAUUAAAGAGAAUCUAGAUCAGGAGUCUUCCCUAGUCUGGUUACUGAUUAUCCAUACUAUGUCAAUCCCACAUACAUCGACCCUGUCCUGCAAGAUAACAUGGAUAAGAUAGAAUCAUUUAAUUGGAUUACAUUUGAGUUUAUUAGAACAAAACCUCAAACUUAAAUUAGUGGAGUUGAGAUUGCAGGCAGUGACAGACUAACAGUCUUUUAAGCGAUGCCAUAUGGUGUUACUCCAAAUAUCUUUUCGGUUUCAAGAGAAAGCUUCAAAUAGAUAUACUAUGAUAGAAGCAAGUUGACUAUUGGAGAGUAAUUGUACACAGCUAGAGGAUCACAAGGGGGAGUAUUAUCAACUUAUCAAGUCAGGACCCUGAAUUGCGAUCCAAAAUAUCCUGAUUAAAAAGGAAAGAUGUACAUGUACAUAUCCUAGGAGAACAGGAAUCAUACUCGCUAUUACCAAGUAGUGCCAACUACUGUAAUGAGUUCUGCCCCAUUUUUUGGAAUGACUGAUAUGGAAUAGAAUUAUAGAUAUCCCUAUUUAAUGUCUAUCCCAAUGUUUAUGACCUUGAGUGAUUAAUAAUCAGUAAAUGAAGUCGCCUACGAAAGGCUGGGUAUUAAGUUGAAGGAUGAUUAUUAAAGCAAUAAUGACUAGGUCUUAAUGCUUAACAAGAUUAAAGAAGCACUUCCAGAUUAUAUUAAAAACAAGAUUGACUUUAGAUCUCAAGGGCAGGCAACAUUAGUUUUAGUAGACAAUAUAGUCUCAUUGCUAUUCGAUAUUGUAAUAGUCAUUACCAUGUUCCUCUGUUUCUUCUCCCUCAGUUCAUCAAUGUCUGCAAAUCUCUAUGAGCAGGCAAAGGAGAUCGGUAUCCUAAGAGCUAUUGGCUUCAAAAAGAUCAGAAUAAUAAUGCUUUAUGUCUACGAAGCUUUUAUUCUUGUUUUUGCCAGCUCGAUAAUGGGUAUAUUUAUUGGAAUCGUUGUCGGUUGGAGUAUGACACUUUAAUUUGCUGUAGUUCAAGAAAUGCCUAUUGAGUUCUAUUUCCCCUGGUUUGAACUAAUAAUCAUUAUGUUGGCUUCUUGGUUCUGCGCCUUCUUCAGUGUCUUUGGUCCAACAAGAUCAAUCAUCAAGCACAGAAUCGCCAGCAUUCUUAAGAUGAAUUGA